AUGUUACUACGUCCUACACCAAACGAUGUUCGUGAAGAUGUUCAGAAAUUGUUGGCAUCAAUGCGUGUUAAAUCAUAUGGAACAUUAACUUGUGCAUGGAUUAUUAUCGGUGGCAUGAAUACAGGUAUUAUGAAACUAGUUGGUAAGAUUGCUCAAAUAAAUCCUGAUCCUUCACGACCCAUUUCUUUAAUUGGUAUUGCUACUUGGGGUUAUAUAUCCGGUCAUGAACAACUCGAUGCUCAGGGUAUACAUGCAUAUUAUUCUAAAUUUCUUAGUAACAAAAAGGGCGAAGCAUCACUUGAACCAAAUCAUACAAAUUUUAUUUUUGUCGAUGAUGGAAGUGAAAGGAGACAUGGUGGAGAACUAGUCUUUCGUGGUAAACUUGAAGAAGCUAUUUCAAAUGGAUUUUUUUCAUCAAAAACUCAAACAAAUCCUUUGACUGCAUAUCGAACUCUUGCUGCAGCUCAAUCUAUACGAACNGAACCUUCCUAG